GGGGGAGAAGAUGACCGAGGAGGGCCGCCCGGACGAUGACAGCUAUAUUGUUAGAGUGAAAGCCGUGGUUAUGACCCGGGAUGACUCCAGCGGGGGAUGGCUCCCGCAGGAAGGAGGUGGUCUCAGUCGAGUUGGCGUCUGCAAGGUUAUGUACCCAGAGAACAACGGCAGAAGCGGAUUCCUGAUCCAUGGGGAAAGGCAAAAAGACAAGCUGGUGGUACUGGAAUGCUACGUGAGAAAGGACUUGAUUUACACUAAAGCAAACCCUACCUUUCAUCACUGGAGAGUUGACAACCGCAAGUUUGGGCUGACGUUUCUAAGCCCUGCCGACGCGCGGGCGUUUGACAGAGGCGUCAGGAAAGCCAUCGAAGAUCUCAACGAAGGAUCCACGACUUCAUCUUCCACUAUCCACAACGAGACCGAAGUCGGGGAUGACGACGUCUUUACAAACGCUACGGACAGCUCUUCUAAUUCUUCUCAGAAGAGGGAGCCACCUUUGCGAACACUAGUAUCUCCUCCGUCCUGCGAGCAUCACCGAAUCUGCACCCUGGGACACCUUCAUGACCAGUUUAGCUCUGACCACUAUCAUCUAGAACAAUCACUCCCAAGAUCUUAUCGACACGUCAGCUUCCCAGAUGACGACGAAGAAAUUGUACGGAUUAAUCCACGGGAAAAGAUCUGGGUGACGGGUUACGAGGACUACCGCCAUACCCCUAUGCGGGGGAAAUACAUCGACCCGGACGAUGGGGACUCGUAUGUUCGGUUUGCCAAAAGCGAGGCCCCCAAACACGAUUACACUUACCCUUACGUGGGCAACUCGGACUUUGACCUGGGAGAUGACAUCAAAGGUGCUGUGGUAAAGACACAACCUGCCCGGUGCAAACAAGGGCGGUGGAAGGAAGACGGGGAGAGGUCGCGAUGCCGCUAUUGCAGGGACAUGUUCAAUCAUGACGAAAACAGGCGGGGUCAGUGCCAGGAUGCGCCUGACCGAGUGAGGAGUUGCAUCCGCCGAGUCAGCUGUAUGUGGUGCGCAGAUAGUAUGCUGUAUCACUGCAUGUCUGAUCCCGAAGGAGACUAUACGGACCCUUGUUCUUGUGAUACCAAUGAUGAAAAGUUUUGCCUCCGGUGGUUGGCCCUUAUCGCCUUGUCCUUUAUCGCCCCUUGUAUGUGCUGUUACCCACCUUUGCGGGCUUGUUACCACUGCGGGGUCAUGUGCAGGUGCUGCGGCGGGAAACACAAAGCGGCUGGAUGA